AUGGCUAAAGGUGACCCCAAGAAACCAAAGGGCAAGAUGCCCACCUCUGCCUUCCCUGUGCAGACAUGCAGAGAAGAACAGAAGAAUAAAAACCCAGAGGGCCCUGUAAGUUCUGCAGAAUUUUCCAGCAAGUGCUCAGAAAGGUGGAAGGCAAUGUCUGGGAAAGAGCAGUCUAAAUCUGACGAAAUGGCAAAGGCUGAUGAAGUCCGCUACGAUCGGGAAACGAAGGAUUAUGGACCAGCUAAAGGAGGAAAGAAGGACCCUAAUGCCCCCAAGAGGCCACCGUCUAGAUUUUUCCUCUUCUGUUCAGAAUUCUGCCCCAAGAUCAAGUCUACAAAUCCUGGUAUCUCUCCUGGAGAUGUGCCAAAAAAGCUGGGUGAGAUGUGCAAUAACUUAAGUGGCAGCGAAAGGCAGCCUUCCAUCACUAAGGACGAGAAGGAUGUCGCUGACUGUAAGUCUAAAGGAAAGUUUGAUGGUGCAAAGGGUCCUGCUAAAGUUGCCAGGAAAAAGGUGGAAGAGGAAGACAAAGAAGAUGAGGAGGAGGAAGAGGAGGAGGAGGAAUAA